UUAAUUGUGCUAUGAAAAAGGUUGUAAAUUAGAAAAAAAUUAAGAAAAAAUGUUGGAAUUCAAAACGUUUAUGCGGCUAUUGCUAUUGCUCUGGGUCUUAUUGGUGGUUGAGGGAAGAUUCCUUGAUUCCUCUGGAGAACUUAUUACCGUAAAGGGGCAGGAGUUUCCCAUUAAACCACGGCCAGAUGGUCGCAUUGUUGGUGGCCAGCGAAUAAAUAUUACCGAGGCUCCAUAUCAAAUAUCGCUGCAAACCAGGUCAAUGCACAUUUGUGGGGGGUCGAUUAUAUCCAAGGAAUGGAUUCUAACGGCGGCCCAUUGUACCUAUGGUCGAAUGGCUUCCGAGCUCAAAGUUCGUUUGGGCAGUGCAAACACAAGUGAUGGGGGCGUUCUUAUUGACGUUGUCGAACUGGUGCAACAUGAAAAAUUCAAUAUUCGAAAUGUGGACUACGACUAUUCUUUGAUAAAAUUAUCCCAAGAAAUUGAAUUGGACGAUACCAAAGAAAUUGUGGAAUUGCCAAAAUUAAAGGAGGAUUUCAUAGAUGGCACAAUGUGUCUGGUAACCGGUUGGGGUCAUACCAAAAAUAAGACCGAUUCGGAAGAAGUGCUGCGUCAAACUAAGGUCCCGAUAUUUAAUCAAAAGGAAUGUUCCCGAAGAUAUGGUCUAUUUGGUGGUGUCACAGAACGCAUGCUCUGUGCCGGCUAUGCUGAGGGUGGCAAGGAUGCAUGCCAGGGUGAUUCCGGAGGUCCUUUGGUCACCGAGGAUGGUGUUUUAAUCGGUGUUGUCUCCUGGGGUUAUGGUUGUGCCCGCCCUAAUUUUCCGGGUAUUUAUUCGAGGGUAUCAUAUGUACGUGAUUGGAUAACAGAACAUGCUAAAGUCUAAAGGGGGACUGAUGGUGGGGGUGAAUUGAUAUCUAAACAAGUAGUAAAAUGUGUGCCUCA